AUGACAACAAACAGCAAACCUCAACAACUUUUAGCCAUCGCUGGGCACAUUUACUUAAUAAAUCCUUAUUCCGGUGCUUAUAAAGAGUAUCUAAACGAAGACUGGGCAACGACAAAUGCUGGAGCCUUGGAUCCCUCCACACAGAAAGUCUAUGUGACAACCUCGGUUAAUAACCUGUGGGAGAUAACGUUAAAAAAGGAUACCGGGGAAACGAGAAAAAUAAGCUGGGAUGGAUGGGGUACGUGCAAUGCAUUGGUCACUGUCCUGAAACCUGGUGGGACUACACAUGUUCUAUUCGCUUUCUGUCAUAAACUAUGGUUAAUCGAUGAUUUGAAUACCGGUCAUUACACUGAUUUUUUGGGAGGAUUUGCUGAUGUAUGGGCGAGAGUGAAUGCGGCGGCAAGCAUCGGUCAUAAAAUCUUCGCGACCACAUCCGCCAAUAAUUUAUGGGUUGUGGAUACUAUUGAGAAACAAGUAAUUAAAUUGGGUGGUGGAUGGGAUAAUUGGUCUACCUGCGGAGCGUUAAUUGGAAUAAAUGGAAUAUUGUACGCGUUUUGCCACGGAUUAUGGUUGGUUGAUCCGAAUACCGGCACAUAUACACCAUUUUUUGAGGGAAGUGAUGAUCACGAAGGAGCAAAACGGUCGUGGUCGGAUGUUAAAAGCGCUACUGCGAUUGGAAAUAAUAUUUAUGUGAUUAAUGGAGGUCGAUUGGUCGAGAUUGAUACCGUUCAGAAAAGAGUCAGGCAGGUAAGUGAUACUAAUUGGGGAAGAACCAAAGUUUUGUUGGCAGUUGAUCAAGACGUAGUUGGUGAAGUAUAG